AUGUUUAUCAAAAAUGACAACCUACAAAACCCCCGUCGCCAACAUGAGUUCUUUCUGCGUAGUCGACCCUACAGGGGGGAGCCGCCGACAGUGGCAGGAUUUCUCCUCUACCCGGACACUCCCGCUAAGAUGGAGACCACGUCACGAGAAGCUUUCUGCUUUAAACAAGUCUCACAACAAGACAGAGGCAAAGGAGACCAUUUCAACCCGAACACACAGCAGGAAUUCCGUCAGUCUCAUCCCACAUCCUCAAGGCAAACAGGAAGAGGAAACGGCAGCAAGGACUGUGAACCAGGGGAGGACGAACAAGAAGGCAACAAUGAUCAGACAAAAGAACAAGAUACGGCAGAGAUGCAGUCUCAGUAUCAGAAAGAUUUUCCUCCUCCAUCCUCCUGCCGCAGGAGGCGGACACCUGCCCUCCCGCAGCCAGACAACAUCGGCAUCAACCCUGCCUUCAGGAUCGACUUUAGCACAGUGCAAAGAGAGAAUUUCCCUGGUUGGCCCAUCAUGAAUCCCAGUUGUUUAACUUCCUCUCAGGCGAGGAACUUCCAGCAGUAG